UCAGUUAUUAAAUUAUUCGUCUAUCAUGGAGUUCCAGGAAUAUUUGCACAAGCAAUUGGCCAUAUUCAAUUACCAUUUGCACUCGGACUACGGAUUGUUAAUCAAGACAGCGACUUGCAUUGCAUUUGGCGCCGUCUGUGGCUGGAUUAUGGGCCUCAUCACAUUGUUGCUAUACAAAAUAGCCAAAUGGCAGGAGAUUUUCCCGACCACUGUCUACAAUUAUCAAGAUGAUGAUAUCGACUUGGAAUUGGAUACAGAUAGAAUUGGAAACUCAAAAACGAAAAUAUCAAGAAGAAAUCAACAUGUUCCAGAGAUAUAGAAAUAAAUUCACGAGCUCAUAAGUUGCUUAAAACAUGGAAAUGCGAAUGAAUAUAUAUGUAUAUGCUCAGGAAUAUGUCCGUAUCUAUUUUCAAAUGGAAAAUCAUUACAAAUAUAAAUGUUUACGUCUUGAGACUGAAAAAAAAAUAUGAAGAGCUUUGCAGACUACAAAAAUUUAAUAAAAUCUCUUAUUAAAAUAGCAAUGGAGCUCUGAUUUUAUGAA